CAGUUGGGCAGAAUCUUCUCAAGAUUCAUGCAUCAGUCCUUGGGAUCGAUUGAAUGUCAUCGCAUAAGCAGGUCGCAAGGAAUUCAACCUCUUUCGCAUGGAGACUAAUACACGAGGCCUUCUACAGGCUGCAAUGUCUGCAUGCAAAACCGAACCAGAACUACACGUCCAUCCCCAGACAUUACUUGCCAACAAUCCUAACACACCCACGUCAACAUCACAGGUAAUCAUGCACUCCUCAGUGCUCCUCACAGAACUUGUCAUAAUACGAGAAUGGCUUCAUGAAACCGCCUCACAACCGCAACAUCCACUGGCAGAAGCAACCACAGGAUACUGGAAGUUUACGAAACAUAAUGUUAUACAGGUUUUAUGCACACGCUCAGGAAUCAAAAAAGGUCUGGUGAAUUAGGCAGAAAAGUACAUCGACUGUGGGGAGCCGCAAGUGCCCUCGGUUCGCUAUUAUUUCAGUGACAAGCUAUUGCAAUGGAAUGACGAUGGCGAGGGUUCCGAAGGAUGGCAGGGAAACUAUAUUGAAA